UUUGUCUUCCCCACAUCUUUUGCAAUCAAGAACGUCCUUCACCUUUCUUUUCCAUCGUAUCCUGCUAGCUAGCUAGAGCUACUAGAACCGUCCACACUUUUCCUUACAAAAUUCACAUCAACGCAAGCAACCAAGAUCAUGGAGCCGCGCAUUUACCAGUUCCACUGCGAAAAAGAUGCAGAACAAUCCAUUUACAAGGGUUCGCAGACCGCCCGUCUCCGUCAGGACAUUGCGCUUGUCUUGGGUUUGGCCCGAAUCCGGCAGGAUAACGCACGCUUGCAAGAGUUCAUCAACAAGGUUCGAGGCGACCCUGCACUGUAUGCCGGCACAGGCACAGGCACAGGCACAGGCACAGGCACUGUUUCCGUCUCAGACUCCCAAUCGCAGAACCAGGCUCAAAAACGCAAUGAACAUGCAAGCCGUGAGCUAACUGAAAAACUUUCAGCAAGCCUAUUCAGUCGUACCUCUGUUGAUUCUCCAGGAAAUCAUCAUGUAGCUCCCCAAGCAUCAACGCCUCACGGGGCAAUCCUUCCGUUUAAACAACCAGUGGCACAAGCAAGUGUCAGCUUGACGGUGACGUGUGGCAAUCCUCGCCAUGCUACAAAUAAUCAAGAUCUCUCUUCCCAUAGUAAUGGUGUGACUAUCGCUGCAGUUGGAGUUGGAGGCCAAACUCGAAAGCGGAAAAAACAACCUACUGCCGCAUCAUCAGAAUCACGUGAUGCUACGCUGGUGGAUAUCAUUCGAGCUCAAGCUGCCAAAAGUCAGUCCACCUCGUAUUACAGGCAAGCAACCGCCAUGAAUCGGCUCGAAAUGUCACGAAGGAAGAAAGCCAAGAAACUACACACGGCAUUCGAGGCGGAUGCCAACAACCACUGCCAGGCAAUGGGUUCUCCAGCGGAAUGCCCUUCUUCCAAUGUUGGUGAUGAUGAUGGCUUGUUUCCGACGAUGCUGGGACUAAAAGCAACCAAGACAACUCGAAACCGAGGCAUUGAUCCUUAGCUGUAGCCAUCUGGGCAACAAACAAUCAAUUUUUGUAUCGUUCAAGGCGGUAUUCUAUUCUGCCAAAGUCUGAUACGGUAUCGGUAUAAAUAUGCUUGCGAAGCAAAGGAAUGUGGGAAAUAUCUUCGCUGUACAUGUUUCAUUUAAAAGUAAAAUCCACUUGAAUUCAGCGGCA